AUGUAUCUCUCCUCUUCUUCUUCACCACCGCGUGUCCUCUCCCACACACCCGCCUCUUCUUCUUCUUCAUCCUCCUUCUUCUUCACUCUCGAGCUCUCUGGACUAUGCUGCUCCACUCCUAUAAAUGCAGCAUCGCGAUACCGGGCAAUGCAACAGCAGUAGCCUUGCGUUGACGUCUCAGAAUCAGCUUCUUCGAGCUCGAGAUCCGUCAAAUCGGCACCGCUCUGACCCUACCACCGACCGCCGCUCGAAUUUCCGGUGAUUGCAUUGGUAUGCGAAGGCCGCGUUUGGGAGAUUAGAAGCGCCGCAGAUUCGGAAUCGGAGGGGGGGAAUGGCCUCGUCGGCGAUCUCGCCGCGGUUUAUGUCGACAUGCACGGGAGCUGGUUGCGGGUAUGAGAAUGAGAAGGUCGUGCUGGAGGAGUGCGGGUGGGGGUCUGCUUCUUCUCUUAGGUGCCGCAAUGGCGUCCGUAUCUGGAAAGGUGCAGGAAGGGUUUUGGCCAGCACCGCUCGCAAUUCUGUUGGGGUUGUUGACAAUGGUUUCGCUCGCCCCGGGCGCGGAAAAUCCAAGGCUGAUGCCCACGCUGGGGAGGUGAUGGCACCUGUCUUGCAACCUGUUCAGGAAGUUGCUACAAAGAAGAAACUGCCCACCAAGGGAAGGCGAGUGGUUGUGACUGGGAUGGGUGUUGCAACACCUCUUGGUCAUGAGCUUGAUGUGUAUUAUGAAAACCUGCUUGAAGGUGUUAGUGGCAUAACUGAUAUAGAAGCUUUUGAUUGUUCCCAGUUUCCAACAAGAAUUGCGGGAGAGAUCAAAUCCUUUUCGACUGAUGGUUGGGUUGCACCUAAACUUUCAAAAAGAUUGGACAAGUUCAUGCUUUACAUGUUGACUGCUGGGAAGAAGGCUUUGACUGAUGCUGGAAUUAAUAAUGAUGUGAUGGAAACACUAGACAAAACAAAAUGUGGAGUUUUGAUCGGGUCUGCAAUGGGUGGAAUGCAGGUUUUCAAUGAUGCACUAGAGGCUUUGCGUAUUUCAUACAAGAAGAUGAAUCCUUUUUGUGUUCCUUUUGCUACUACUAAUAUGGGCUCUGCCAUUCUUGCGAUGGACCUGGGUUGGAUGGGGCCAAAUUAUUCAAUUUCAACCGCCUGUUCUACAAGCAACUUUUGCAUAUUGAAUGCUGCUAACCACAUCAUUAGAGGUGAAGCUGAUGUGAUGCUUUGUGGUGGAUCAGAUGCACCUAUCAUCCCAAUUGGACUGGGUGGAUUUGUAGCAUGCAGGGCGCUUUCACAGAGAAAUGAAGAUCCUACUAAAGCUUCACGACCUUGGGACAGUGGUCGUGAUGGCUUUGUCCUGGGGGAGGGAGCUGGUGUUUUACUCUUGGAAGAACUUGAGCAUGCCAAGAGAAGAGGUGCAACUAUAUACGCUGAAUUCUUGGGUGGAAGCUUCACUUGUGAUGCAUAUCACGUUACAGAGCCUCAUCCUGAUGGCACUGGUGUUAUCCUUUGUAUAGAGAAGGCCUUGGCUCAAUCAGGGGUAUCUAGGGAAGAUGUGAACUACAUCAAUGCGCAUGCAACAUCCACACCAGCUGGCGACUUCAAGGAGUACCAAGCUCUAGUUCGUUGUUUUGGCCAGAAUCCGGAGUUACGGGUGAACUCAACAAAAUCUAUGAUCGGUCACCUUCUAGGAGCAUCUGGCGGUGUGGAGGCUGUAGCAACUGUUCAGGCAAUUCGCACUGGAUGGGUUCAUCCGAAUAUUAAUCUUGAAAACCCCAGUAAUGGUGUGGAUUUGAAGUUCCUAGUUGGCCCUAAAAAGGAAAGGCUUGACAUCAAAGUAGCAUUAUCUAAUUCAUUUGGAUUCGGCGGUCAAAACUCAUCCAUAUUGUUUGCACCUUACAAGUAGAUGUUUGGGAUGGAUGGGCCUCAGUUGUGCUUUUAUUAUUCAGUGGAAAAAAGGUGAGAAAUAUGAAAUCAUGUGAAUAGGUUAAGGUGAUUGAAAUCAAUGAAGAACAUCAUACAAUGCGCUUUUAGACUCUGUGUGAAUUGUAUAAUUUGCGCUUGUAUGUUUCCAUUUGUGAUUUGAACCAUUAUCAAUGUUGAUAAUACCUGAAUAUCCUGUAUUACCAAAAUACCCUUCUCUUCUGUGGAACCUUUUGUAUGCAUUAGUGAUUGCAUUUU